AGCCGCGUGGCCACGCACGCAGGAGUAGAAACCUCGAAGCCGGCGGACAGCAGGAUAGGCGGCCGAUUUCAUCGUCUCCCUCACAGUGGAAAGCUUCCCCUGCCCUUUCGCCGCACCCCCGGCAGCUAUGGCCGCUCCCUCCGCCGCGCUCUCCGUCUCUGGUGCGGCACAUACAAAUACAUUCGGCUGCAGGAACGACAAGCUAAAGUUAAACAAAAAUCGUUUGCAGGUUGCAGUUCCGUCAAGUUCAGAGAAUGCAAACUACUGUAGAAAGUUAACCAUCUGCAGAGCACAAAGUGAAGAUUCUAAAGGCGGGGGAGGAUUCUUGGCUGGAUUUCUUAUAGGGGGAGCAAUCUUUGGAACCUUGGGAUAUGUCUUUGCUCCUCAGAUCAGCAGAACAUUGGAUUCUUUGUUGGAUGAAAAUGGACAAGAUAGUGAAUCCGAUGAAACUGGCCUCCAAAGGGUUCCAGGGCCACGGCGUGGUCAAUAUUAUGAUGAAGGUUUAGAGAAAACUCGUCAAACACUGGGUGACAAGAUAAGCCAACUGAAUUUGGCAAUUGACAAAGCUGCUUCACGGCUAAAGCGUGUCACCGGCAAUGUGGAAAAUGAGGCUGUGAUAGACGAAACAGAAAUUGAGAUAUCCUCAGAGAAUGAUAAAUGAGCAUGUGGUGGAGAACUUGAACGAACAUGGUUUUGUGCAAGGUGAAAGCGCAGCAUAAUCAUCAUUCAGAAAAGGUUCAACAUCAGGCGUUGCAGGUUCAUCCGGAGAACUUCAGAUUCUGCGUGCAAGCUGGAUAGUCUGUUUAACCGAUUGGCAGAAUGGAAAUGAUUCGCAUUCGCGGCUAGGAUCUUAGUACUCUUGAUUUUUUUUUCUCGGAUAUUUCUGCCUCGUUUGAAGCCGUAGUUAUGUGAUAAGCAAGAGAAUCCAAGAACUUGUCUGACUUAGCUUGAUGCAACAGAUGUACUAAGUAAUGUUUUAGUUGAUUGCUUCCUACAGCUCGGAGAUAAAAUGAAAUGACAUUUCAUAAACAAAAAUGAGUAUAUAUAAAACAAGUCGAGCUGUGCU